UCACAGACCAAUAAAAGAAGCCCCUCGUAAGAGAGAGAGAGAGAGGGAGAGAGAGAUCAAAAAUCAGAACACGCUUUGAAACUGAAGGAAGAGAGAGUGAGUGAGUGUGUGUGCGAGUGAGAGAGAGAGAGAGAGAGAAGAAAACAGAGACAUUUGUGAGUGCGAGUUAGAGAGAGAAACCCCCGAAAAUCAGAAAAAUCUAAGCCAUUUUCUCUCUCUACUUUCCGUUUGAUCGGAGGCGCUCAUUGUGCGUGGAAUCAGCUCCGUUCUCCGGUUCGGUUCGGUGCAAUGGAGCAGUACGGGCGGUCGAGCGAAGGUUCGAGGUCUGAUCCGUCGGCGGAAUGGGCCGGGGCCGAAGAGGGUAUGUGGCAAUUGGGAUUGGGUGCUGCGGAGGAGUCGUAUCCGCAACGCCCCGAUGAGGCUGAUUGCACUUACUAUUUGAGGACCGGUUUCUGUGGCUUCGGUUCCCGCUGUCGCUUCAACCACCCUCGUGACCGUGCCGCGGUUGUUGGAGCUGAGAGAGCUGCAGGGGACUAUCCCGAGCGAGUAGGCCAGCCUGUGUGCCAGUAUUAUAUGAGGACAAGGACGUGCAAGUUUGGUUCCUCUUGCAAGUACCAUCAUCCUCGGCAGGCUGGAGCUGCUGCUACACCUGUGUCACUAAAUUAUUAUGGAUAUCCAUUGCGACCGGAUGAGAAAGAGUGUUCCUAUUAUGUGAAAACGGGGCAAUGCAAGUUUGGCGCAACUUGUAAAUUCCAUCACCCAGUUCCUGCUGGUGUCCAGAUUCCAGCACCGUCACCAGUUGCUCCCAUUUCGCCUCUACCGGUACCGGUACCUUCACCGUUAUAUUCAACCAUGCAGCCCCCACCCGGUCCUUCAUCCCAGCAAAUUGGUGUGCUGGUUGCAAGGCCUCCUAUGCUGCCAGGCUCAUUAGUCCAGAGCCUCUAUGGACCCGUGGUAGUGUCCCCUGCCAUGGUGCCAUUUUCUGGCUGGGGUCCUUAUCAAGCUUCUGCAACAAGCCCUGUACUUCCGUCUGGUACUCCAUCUAAUGUUGGUUCAACGCAGCUUUAUGGUAUAACCCAGCUACCUUCAUCAGCAGCUGCCUAUCCUGGACCUUAUCAACCUUCUGGUUCCUCUGUUGGUCCUUCAAGCAGUAGUCAGAAAGAGCAGGCAUUUCCGGAAAGGUCUAAUCAACCAGAAUAUCGGUAUUACCCCAAAACAGGGGAAGUUAAAUUUGGUCCAUCGUAUAGGUAUCACCCUCCACCAGACACGAGUGCACCAAAAGCAAAUGUGGUUCUUAGUUCUGCAGGUCUUCCUUUGCGCCCGGGGGCACCAGCUUGCACUCAUUAUGCACAACAUGGAGCAUGUAAGUUUGGUUCUGCAUGCAAAUUCGAUCAUCCUAUGGGAUCACCGAGUUAUAGUCCAUCUGCUUCUUCCAUGGCUGACAUGGCAGUUGCAGCCUAUCAUGUGGGUUCAACAAUUAGUACCGUUGCUCCAUCUUCAUUGUCAGAGUUGCGGCCUGAACUUUCCUCAGGACCCAGCAAGGAUUCUGUUCCAUCCAGAAUGCUUUCAUCAACGGGCAUGUUGACUGGUGGACCUGUUUCUCAAUCAAGCACUCAAUCAUCUUCUCAGAGUUCGGGUCCUUUAGCAGCACCUGUCACUACUGCCACAAGUAGCAAUGUACCUCACACCUCAAGCUAAGCAAUGUGAAUGCAUACCUCAUCAUUACUCUUUUUUUUUAUUAUCUCAAUUCUUCCACUGGACAUAAUCAUUCAAGGAGGUCCUCCAAUAGGUUUUGUUUUCAGUUAUCUCAGUUCCAGUUUCAGGUCUAGCACACUUCACACCAAUUAUCUGUGUUCAUAUAAUCUUUUUUGUGGCCAUCCCUUUGAUCUUGAAUAAACCAUGGCCAUCCUUGAGAAUUUUAGCAAACCAUACGACCACCUUGCUUUUGAAUAACUCGUAAAGAAUCUGCAAGCCCAUUGUACACAAGCCCUUCCACAUCUCCAAUUUUGGAGGUUGGGCUGCUUAUUUUGUGCUCCAAUCUUUUUUGAUACAAGAACAUUCUGUCCAGACUUUCGUUGACCAUGUGUUUAUGUCUCUUCACCUGAACCCUUCUUAAUACUUUUCUCAACUUGUAUCUGGGGUUUAACGUGAAGAGAAGUCAGGAGACUACAAUGAGGCUUCACAUUGCUAUCUUAUAUGGUUUUAGAUACACGGUGUUGUGACAAUGAAAAUCUUGACUUGGUACUUAAAUUUAUUACAAAAUACAUAUAUGGAGAAGCAAAUUUAAAUUAACACAUUUAAAUGUGUAAUAAUCUCUUUUAUCUUUUUUUUUUAAUCAGAUUAUACUUGAUCAAGUUUCAAUGCAAGAUCGGGUGAUUUUCCAAA